AAUGAGCCACCGCUAGUCUCCUAUAAGAUACCAUUAAUCGGGCAUACACUUGAUUUUUUGUAUGAUACAGAAAAUUUUCUGGACAGGUGUCAUAAUGAGUGUGGAGACAUCUUUUCAAUCUACGUAUUUGGCCAGAUUACAACGAUUGUUGCAAAAUCCGCAACAUAUGAAAUUUUUACGACGGAUCAAGUUACUGGCGCAGAAGCAUUUGAUAGGAAACUUCAUAUUCGUGAAGUAUUCGAGAAAUCUAUCCCACAAUAUCUCGACCAAAUUGCAGAGCUUGUCAAACAAGAUUUCAAUCCUUUCAUGCCAGAUGUUAUCACAGUUAUAAGUCGAGAAAUCAAAACCUCAUUACAAAAUUACAUCGGAAAUUGUAAAGAACCAAAACCUUUUCCGCGGCCGUUUCGUCUUAUUCAGAAAAUACUUGCGGAACUUGUGGCACUGAUAUUUUUUGGCGAGGAAUUGGGAAAAGACCCGGAUCUUGUUCAUGUUCUUGCUAAUGUAGCAAUUGAUCUUAGAGAACGAGACAAGUUGGUUCCAUAUAUUGCUUUUAUUCCAGCAAAGUUUCAUAAACAUCUCGGCGAAAGCCCGGUUAAAAAACACAAGUCUAUACUAAUUGAGCGAAUAAGACAUGUGGUCGAUAAAUGUGUAAAAGAGGAUGCGGUAAAGAGAACAACUAAAAACGCGCCGAUCGAUCUUAUCCAGGCUCUAGUACGACAACUAAAUAUUACCGAAAAUAACAAAGACUACGAUUUAUUGGCAAGCUAUAUUCUCUUGGUGAUUUUGGUUUCGAUUUCUAAUUUAGCUGUAUCAAUAACAGAGUGUCUAUUUGAUUACGCCGGUCGCCCUGAAUACUGGGACGAAAUCACGGAAGAGAGACAAAAAAUAUUAGCAGCGAGGAAAUCCCCAAACAACAAUGAUAUUGAUGAUUUUCCGGUUUUCGAACCCAACAUGCUCGCAAAAAUGGAAAAAUUGGAUAGUUUUAUCAGAGAAUCGAUGCGACAGAAAGGACAUCUUUUGUUGUUGCCUCGUAAAGUCGUCGUAGAUCAGUUUACUUUUUCCAAUGGAUACCAAAUACCAAAAGGCCGCCAAGUACAAAUCUACGCAAAAAGCAUACGUCUCGACGAGGAUCUCCAUGGUACUUCACUUGCAUUUACAGGAUUUAGGUAUGUCGGCAAAAACAGUUUGGCGACAAAGAUCUCACGCGAUAUUUACCAUUUCGGACUUGGUCGUCAUGCGUGUCCUGGUCGAUUUUUUGCAGUCGACUUAAUGAAAGUUGUGGUGAGCGAAGUUUUGGAAAGGUAUCGCGUUACGACAGAGAGUGGUGUCAGGCCGAGACCUGUUAUGAAUUUGGGUUUUGUUAGCGCCAGUCACGAGGCCUUGGUGUUUUAUAAUAGAUAA